AUGUUGACUCUUUUCUAUAGAAAUAUUAUUGUCCGACCGCAAUGGUUACACCGAUCCAAUCAGUCUUCAUCUGGUUUCCGAGCUGAAUUGCCUUUGAAUUCUGUCGGCAAUCAUUCUGCACUGAACCAUUUUCCCUAUACACCCACUCUUCUCUUUAUAAACAAGCAUUCUGGUGGUCAACAUGGCGAGGAAAUCUAUCGAAAACUCUUGCAAAAACUCAAUCCACGUCAAGUGUUUCUUUUAGAAAGCGAUGCCACCAUUGUCAACGCUCUAGAUAUCUAUAUUUCGCUCCCGAAUACCCGUAUUGGUAUUUAUGGUGGUGAUGGAACCGUCAGUUGGGUUCUUUCUCGUAUAGCCGACGUUUAUUCGUCAAACAAUAAUCCACCGGUUGCCAUCUGCCCAUUAGGAACUUGCAAUGAUCUUUCACGUGUUUUAGCCUGGGGUGCACAUUACAAUUCAAAGCAUCUGCUUCCUAUGCUCUUAAAAAUUCCCCAAGCUCAAGUGACUGCACUCGAUCGUUGGCAAGUUCGUGUUGAACAAUUCGAUAUACCAAAUUCGAGCUCCGUGAGACCACAAAAUCACGAGAGUAGAUUUCAUAUUGGUCAAAUACUUCAACCAUUACUUAGAGAACCGAAAUUUAUUCGCGAAAAUAAUCGCGCCUCCUAUCAGAAUCAUCAGUCGCUACCAAAUACACAUUUUGUUAAUUACAUGAGUUUUGGCUUAGAUGCAGCUAUUGCUCUCGAAUUUCAUGAUCGACGCACACAUGAUCCAAACAAAUUCUCGUCAGCUUGGAAAAAUAAACUAAUGUAUUUUAAUGAAAGUCGCAAAUAUUUGAAUGACUUCGUCCGAUCGAGAAUGUGGAGUCUCGAUGCGUACAUUCGUUUGAUAUGCGACGGUGAAAAUUUAACUGAUGCAUUACGACAUUAUCACACACUACUGAUCCUCAACAUACCAGCCUAUGUGUCCGGUACGAAUCCGUGGGGAAAAUCUUCAUCAAUGCGCUCAACUACGAGCAAUUUUAACCAUUCACCGAUUGUUGAGAAAGACAAGGAUUCUCUCAGUCAUAUUUCGACGAGUUCAGUCCAUGUACACGAGUCAGUGACCGAUGCACAUGAAACUGAUGAAUCGGCUAAUUUGAACAAUUGUGGUACGAACCAAUGUGCGGCUCCAUCGACAACAACAAUCAAAAGCAAUCGUUUCGAUCCACAAGAUUUUGGUGAUCAAAAACUUGAAGUCAUUGGAUUGAGUACUAGGCAAAUGGCUGCGAUUCAUAUGGGCUUUUCUGGUACUCGGAUUGCCCAAUGUAAUCAAUUGCGGAUCGAGCUCUACCGUCCGAUGACGGCACACAUGGAUGGUGAACCAUUCUAUCUAUCGGCUUCCGUAGCUGUAAAUAUUAGUUACGCUGGUCAAGUACUUAUGUUAAGAAAUGAGAACAGAUAG